CAUUUUAGUUGUAAUCCUUUCACCCUUUUCACGCAUUAUAACGCGGUAUCAUUAUAAUCUCCUCGUCGUAUGAUUCAACAAACCGAUCGGUGAUAGAAUAAGCAGCUUUAACUAAUUAACAAUGGCGUCGACAGAUCAAAACACUCCGCUGUUGAUCAACACAAGGCGACAAGUUACCGUUCAACUAUCUUAUAGUUAUCUGUUCGUUCAGAUCAAUAGAGUGAGAGAAGGCCCCAGCAAUCCUAGUCCCAUCGAAUCCCUCUUCAGAAGUUUACUAAACACAAUUCUUGUAACACUGUUCCUGACGAUCUUUCUCUUCCUUCCCUUCGCAAUGAUCACAAUUGGGAGUGUGUUGGUCUACCUCAUCUACAGGCCCAACACCACGGACAGUUCUAGCGAUGACUACUGCCAUCCGACGCUCUACUACUUUGCCUUCUGGGUGUCCACGGCGUACUAUAUCUUUAUUGCUUUAUUUUGUUUCUGUUGCUGUUGCGUCUACUGCCUUGGCGCUUGCGCCUUUGACGGGGUUGAAUAACACCCCGGACGAUCACUAUGGUGUAGAUAGAGAGAGAUGACGAUUUGUCGCUGUCGGUAAUAGUAUGGAGUUUUUGCAACCACUUGGCAGAAGUUUCCUGGAACGUAAAGGAUAUAUUGUCAAAACCCCUUCGUGGCGACAAAGCAGCCUUUGUCGAAUAUCGGUGAAUCAAAACAGCAGUGUCGUCCCGGGGAACGUUUCAUGAAAGGAGUCGUCAGACGCUAGAUUUAUCCGACAAUGCCGACAAUUACCAGAGAAACAGUGUUUCUCAGCCAUAAAUUAAGAAUCAAGAAAGGUUGUCAGCUCUGACAACUUUGUCAGAUAAAAAUGUUUGAUGACACGCUUUUUUGUCAGCUCCGCUCACCAAUUUUCGACAAAGACCUCUAAGCUCUUCAUUGUGAUUGGACGGGCAUUUUCAAUACAUCUACUGUGUUCCAGAAUCCGUCCCUGUCGCGAUUGUAAAAACUUGCUAAUGAAGAUGGCAGACGACAUAUAGGCCUUCUCAGUGGCGUAACUACGGGGGGGCAUGGGGGGGCACGUGCCCCCCCAAUCGGCUGGCCAAAAAAAAAAAAAAAAAAAACGGGGAAAAGGAGAAAAAGAGGGAGAAAGGAAGAGAAACGUAGUGGGGAAAGAAGAAAUUAUUGUUCAUUGAAAUGUUAUAUUAUAUUAUGUUAUGUUAUAUUACAUAAGAAGCAUUUUUUCAUAACGUUAUGAAACAUUAUUCGCUAAGGGCCUAUGUCUUCAUUGUUCCUGGUGCUCGCAUAGACUGUUUAACGGGAUAUAUGAUCCUGUUGUACUAAAACCUCCCGUUUUCAAAACAAUAUACACCAAAUAUAUUUCCUCGCAAUUCGAGUUAUUAUUGUUUUAUGUAGUGACAUUUGCUUCUUUUUCAUGACUACUUAAAGUGAUUGCCCUAUUUUAAGGUCUUAAUAUAAAACAUUUCCUGUCCGUGCUAACGUUCGCAUUAGUUGAUUGGUGAGAUGUCUGCUCUUCAUAAAUUCCUAAAAUCUGUCCUUAAAAUGUCAAUUUUUCUGAUCUGAAUAUCAAAACUUUUCAGCUCGCGCUUCGCACUCGCAUCAUUUGGUUAGUGAAAUACGUUAGGUCUUUGUGAAUUCCUACAAACAAGCCUUAGAAUGCCCCUCUUCAGGUGUGAAUUACAAAAAAAAAAUCAGCUCGCGCUUCGCGCUCGCAGUAUUUGAUUAGUGAGAUGCGUAUGAUAAUCCUGAUUACAAUGACUACAAAAAGUGCUUAAUGUGUUCAGAUGUAAUUCUAACAAAAUCAGCAAAGGAUUGCACUAGCAUUAGAUGACUAUGCUAAGAUAUUUAUACUCUAAAUGGAUUCCUAAAAUAUAGUCCUUAAAAUGUCCCUGUUUGGGUCAAUGUAUACAAAAAUUUCAGCUCGCGCUUCGCGCUCGCAUUGUUUGUUUAGCGAGACAGAUCAUGAUUACAAAAAACUUGCUUAUAAUGUCCUUUUUUAGGUCUGAAUAUUAAAAAUUUUCAGCUCGCGCUUUGCGCUCGCAUUAUCUAAUCAGUGAGAUACAUAUCUGUUUAAUGGCACUGCUUGUCCUUAAAAUGUCUUUAUUAGGUCAGUAUACCUGGCAACUGAGCGCGCUCCCUAAGUGACUCGAAUUUUUUUGCUGGUGCCCCCCCAAUGCCGUGACCCACGGUACGCCACUGGGCCUUCUAUGAGGGAAGACAAGUUGCCCGCAACGCAAUGGAGUAGGGGGGGGGGUUAAAUCUAUAGCUGGAAUGCUGAGCGGUUUCCGUGUUGACAAAACUGCCCCCUUCCAACAUUAUAACAUAGGAAGCGUCAUGGUGUAGUGGUUUUCUCUCUAGCCUUGUAAUCAGAGGGUCGUGUGUUCGAAUCCCACCAUGGCCUAACGUCCUUUGGCAAGGCGUCAAUCCACAAUUUGCCAACAGGUGCUAAUUGGGUACCGGUAGGAAACAACCGUCAUUAUGGUUGGUUUAGCAAAUGUGCUCCUAUAAAAGGCUGCUAGAAAAACUAUGAAUCCAGUGACCGGGUAAUAAUAAUUUAUUAUAUAUCAUAAUUCAUUUUUUCUGCGGUUUACCCAUCCCAUUUUGCCGUAGCUACCCCACCCUUAAAAUUGAAAGGGUGUCUAUAGGUACACUAG